UGCGCUAUCACCAAAUCAGCAUUAAAACAGCCGGAGGUGGAAUAAAAAUGGAAUGAUGAUGGAGCGAUGCAACCGUGACCUGGCAUCUCUUUUAAAGCAAAUUCGGGAAGGAGCAGAACGCGCUGUGAACAACUACAAAGUCGUUGCCCGAUACAUUAAAGACAUCACAGUGGGAGUAGAUUUCUUGCAUCGUCAGGAAAUCAUACACGGGGAUUUGAAACCGGGAAACAUCCUCGUAAAAUGUCUGCCAGGAGGCGACACAAUGCUGCUCAUCGGCGAUUUGGACGAUCUAGUGCUCAUGGAAGGUAGCAUGACGUGUUCCGGGGACAUUUCCCCGUUGCGUGGAACUGUGCGCUACAUGUCACCAGAGAUGCUGAAAAAAUUCAUCGGUCAGUGUGGAACAGAAAAUCCAGGACGCAAAACGGAUAUCUGGAGUUUAGGCUGCAUCAUGCUGGAGAUCGCUGAAUGCUUUCUAGGCAUAAAGACUGCUGAAAAAAUGCUGAAAAACACAAAACAACAGGUCAGUUUAGCAAAUAAUGCGAAAAAUCAGUUUGCGGCGUUAAUAAUGGAUGGCUAUGUUCCGGUUGUGGAUGAUAAGAUCCCACAUAAUUUAGCAUCCUGUAUUAGGCAGUGCCUACAGUCGAAUCCCAAUGAAAGAUUGUCGUCCGCAGCGCUGUUGCACAAAAUCUCAGUUACUGGAGCCACUGAAUCAGAAAUCAUGGCAACGAUUGGAAAUGCCACCCUUGAAGUUGUUGUAAUGAAAUGGGAUGGAAUGUCGAACAUUGUUAAAGUGGUAACGUUGGACUCAGCGACAGAACGAAUUCGAAUUCUUGAGAUGCCGAACUAG